ACCUCCUCCCGCGUGCAGUCCCGAAGACCACCCGGGCGGGGCGUUACCCGGUCUUCCUGUUGCGUAGCAACGGCGGGCAGCGCGUGACGUGCGCAGCCGUGUUUGGGCCCGCGGCGCGCUCACGCGCCCUCCCCCUAGUAGGCUCGCGCCCUGCGUCGCCACCUCGCUGGGUUGCUCGGCCCCGCUGCUGUGAGGACACUCGGCGCCCGCUCCGCACACUCGGCGCCCGCCGACUCCCUGCCCCGCGUCCCUGCGACCGCCUCGGCGAAGAUGGCCUCAGGAGUGCAAGUUGCUGAUGAAGUAUGUCGCAUUUUUUAUGACAUGAAAGUUAGGAAGUGUUCCACACCAGAAGAAAUCAAGAAAAGAAAGAAGGCUGUCAUUUUUUGUCUCAGUGCAGACAAAAAGUGCAUCAUUGUAGAAGAAGGCAAAGAGAUCUUGGUUGGAGAUGUUGGUGUAACCAUAACCGAUCCUUUCAAGCAUUUUGUGGGAAUGCUUCCAGAGAAAGAUUGUCGCUAUGCUUUGUAUGAUGCAAGCUUUGAAACCAAGGAAUCCAGAAAAGAGGAGCUGAUGUUUUUCUUAUGGGCACCAGAACUAGCACCUCUGAAAAGUAAAAUGAUCUAUGCGAGCUCCAAGGAUGCAAUUAAAAAGAAAUUUCAAGGCAUAAAACACGAAUGUCAAGCAAAUGGGCCAGAAGACCUCAAUCGGGCUUGUAUUGCUGAAAAGCUAGGUGGAUCCUUAAUUGUAGCUUUUGAAGGAUGCCCUGUGUAGAUCAUGGUUCAGUGCCACAAAUCAAAAGCUUCCAUGUUUAAUGUUAUCCUCUUGCUAUAUAAGUAAAGCAAAUAUGUUUAGGCCAGAGUCUCACUGAGGGGGAGCUAUCUUGUCAUCUGUUAGAGUAAACUAAAUAUUCUAUAAACAUGUGCAAAAGGCCCUAAAUAAAUCUAAAAUCUAAAGUUCUAUUGGUAUGAAAUUAAAUUCUUAUUGGUCAAAUGCCUGUUUUGAUGAGUUGGCUUGUAAAGAUUUUUGCUAAGCUCCUUUUUAAUAAUGCAGUUCACAAAACAGUGCAAGGUCAUAUGAAGAGAACUAUUGCAUCUUUGUUAACUUCAGCAAUUACUUUGUUUCUUUAGCUUAGAGAAUUGGUCAUAACCUGGUUAUAAUUUUUGCCCAAAUUCUUUAUUCUCUCUUGAGUGAAACUGAAUAAUGGAAAAUAAUUCUCACAUGUAAUAACACUAAUACACUAACUACAAUAAGAUUAAGUCAGGCAGUCUUUUAAUUCUACCAGAUGUGUAAUGAAGACUGUCUCAGAAUUGUGAAUGCUUAUACCAGUAAUCAGCGCUGAUCUUGCAAAGCACUAUUUCAAGCACGUAGUUGGGAGUACAGGAAACAACUCCUUGCACCUGUGGUGAGCUCUCCACUUACUAGAUGGGAGACUGUUCUGAGAGUGACCUUGCAUCUAGAGAAUCAUGUGUCCUUAGGAGAAUGUGCAAUAUCUUGUAACAACCAGAUAAGAUGCAAAUUAGCAUUCCAUUGUAAUCCGCUUUGUUAAUGAAAAUGAUAAAACAGUAUAUUGAUAAGCUGGGACACUUGUGAAAACUUUGUGUCUUCUUCAGAACUUUGUUUCUGGCACAAUAAGGUGGGGAAGAACAUUAGGUAUAUGAUUACUCUGGGGCCUGGGAGAACUUCUUAAUUUCCUAGAGCAGUUUGUCAACCGUAUGUGAAAUGGGGAGCAGGUAUGACAAAAGAUGACACCCAUAGAAAAACUGCUACCUGAUGACACUUGGAAAUGAUUGUCUUAACAUCACAGACAUAACACUUUGAAUAAUAUAGAGAUGCAUAAACAGUUGAACUUAGAAAUAGCUGUAUUGGCUUUAUGUAAUAAAGGAAGCAUUUUUAACUUA